GUUGCACAAGAAUGUACAUCUCCAACUUAUUAACUUAUUUGCCAUACCACCAGGCAGGCAGGUAAUAACGCCUUCCCAGCCAGCCGACUGCUUCAUUCCUUUAGGGGAAUCCAUUCUUCGGGGGCCAAGUUUCACUCGUUAUAUUAUAGGGAGGGCCUACUAGGCUUGUUUGUACACCACUGUUUGGUGUAUAUGCACAACACCUAAAAUUAGAGAGAAACUCAUCCAAAAACAACCAAUAGUUAACGAGCUCUGUCUCCAACCCAUCCCACCACCACCACCAACGAGGCAAAAUGUUCGGAACCAUUUCACAAGAGAUAGAAGUUAACGUACCGGCAAGCCAAGCAUGGGAAUUGUAUGGCACUCUCCAACUUGCCAAGCUCGCUGCAGAACAGCCCAAUAGCGUUAUUGACAGAGUUGAAGUUGUUCAAGGUGACGGAAAAGUUGGAACCGUCCUCAAAUUUGUUUUUUUACCAGGCACGUGUGGUUUUAGCUCAUACAAGGAUUAGUUUACCAAGGUUGAUGAUGAGAAACGAGUGAGUAGAGAGGCGGUGGAAGGAGGAUACCUUGAUGUGGGAUUUACUCUGUAUCAGGUCCAAUUCGAAGUCAUUGAGAAAGGCAAGGAAUUGUGCAUCACCAGAUCCACGAUUGAGUAUGAUCUCAAGGAAGAUUCUGCUGCUAACGAUUCAAUGGUCAGUAUCCAGAUGCUGGUGACGCUUAUGGAAGCUGCCACCAAUUACCUCACAAACAAUAACACUUAAUUAAGAGUUGAAUAAAAAAAUCACGUAUGAACAAGGCUACUAAACUGUACUGCUGAUUAUUCCUUGACCUUCAAAAUCUGCACUCUGCCAAUUGUUUUUA